GAGCGCCCCGGCCACCGCCGCCCGCCCCGGGGCCGCCUGGGCGGCCAGCGGAGCCGCCCGCCGGGCCAUGGAGCUCUCCCUGAGGCUGCUCCUGGCGUCCUGCCUCUCCCUUGGGGCGGCCGGCGAGUUUGACAGAAGGUGGCCCAGACACAUGGUCUCCUCUGCUGGACUCUGUCGGUUUGGAAGCAGAAUUGACUGCUGCUGGGGCUGGGCCCGAGUGUCCUGGGGACAAUGCCAGCCGUUCUACGUCUUAAGGCAGAGAAUAGCCAGCCUAAGGUGCCAGCCCAAAGCUAUAUGCCAGCCAGGGUGCAAACACGGUGAAUGCAUUGGGCCAAACAAGUGUAAGUGCCACCCAGGAUACACUGGAAAAACCUGCAACCAAGAUCUGAAUGAGUGUGGACUAAAGCCACGGCCGUGCAAACACCGGUGUAUGAAUACCUACGGCAGCUACAAGUGCUACUGUCUGAACGGCUACAUGCUUAUGCCAGAUGGAACGUGCUCGAAUGCCCUCUCUUGCUUGAUGGCAAACUGUCAGUAUGGCUGUGAUGUGCUGAAAGGGGAGGUGCGCUGCCGCUGUCCUUCUCCAGGGCUGCAGCUGGGGCCUGAUGGCAGGACUUGCAUAGAUAUUGAUGAAUGUGCUACUGGGAGAGUUAUCUGUCCAAGAUUUAGGCACUGUGUCAAUACUUUUGGAAGCUACAUUUGCAGGUGUCACCAAGGCUUUGAUCUGAUGUACAUCGGAGGCAAAUACCAAUGCCAUGAUAUAGAUGAAUGUUCCCUUGGCCACCAUCAGUGUGGUAGUUUUUCACACUGUUACAAUACCCCAGGAUCCUACAAAUGCAAAUGUAAAGAAGGUUACAGAGACAAUGGAACAAGCUGCAUACAAAAGCCGGUGACCAGGCCGACGGCUCGACCUACACUUGAACCAACAACUCGACCUACGCCCAGACCAACGACCCAGCCUACACCUGGACCGACAAUUCGGCUGACACCAAAGCCAACCACUAGAUACAUGCCAGUGACAACAAGACCAACCACUAGAUAUGUGCCAGUGACGACCAGGCCAGUAACGACGCUGGUAACGAGGCCUCCACCACCACCUCAACCUACAACGAUAAGACCUACACUGCCACCACAGAGACCUCCUCUUGUAAUAACUGAAGAACCUUCACAAGUUCCCAUUGAAACUACACCUUCGAAAGGGAUUAUAGAUGACAACAGGAUCCAGCCAGAUCCUCAGAAACCGCGAGGAGAUGUGUUCAUUCCACGCCAGCCUGGAGUGAGCAAUAAUCUGUUUGAAAUACUUGAAAUUGAAAGAGGGAUUACUGCCGAUGAAUUUGAAGCAAACGACGACCCAGGUGUGCUGGUACACAGCUGUAAUUUUGAUAGUGGACUGUGUGGAUGGAUCAAGGACAAAGAUGAUGACUUGCACUGGGAACCAGUGAGAGAUGGGUCAG